AUGGGGAUCGCAGCCAAUGAACAAAGAAAACUUAUUGACCAAUUGAUGGGCAAAGAAAUCCAGACUCAUAAUGGCAAUCAUCGUUCAUAUCCCAGUAGUAAUAAAAAUUACAUGAAAACGACUUACACUUCUAGUACACCUACAACUACCGAGGCACUUACAGAAAGUUUGUAUAAUCCAAGAAUAUGUAAAGCUUAUUUAGUUGGAGAAUGCCCAUAUGAUUUGUUUCAAGGUACGAAAGUCUCAAUGGGUACAUGUCCACAGAUUCAUUCGACAAAUUAUAAAUUAAGAUACGAAAAUUUAAAAUCUAAGCAUGGAAUUAAGUUUGUUGAGUUUGAAAAAGAGUAUUAUCAAAUAUUAUUGAGCCUAAUUAAUGAAUGUAAUUCAAACAUUGAGGUUGCUCUAAAAAAUUUACAAUAUACCUCAAAUGAAGACUACAUGAAGAUUAACGAAAUUACAAAACAAUUGAAUGAAGUAGAUACUAAUAUCAGUUUAAUGAACAAUGAAAUUGAUGCCUUAAUAUCUAAAAAUGAAAUUUCAAUGGCCAUGCUCCAAUCAAUUAAGCUUAACGACCUCCAAUUACAAAGAAAAGAUGUGGCAGUGAAAGUAAAAAACUUAACAGAAAAUAUUAACCAAUCGGCUCAACAAAAACUACAAGUGUGUGAGAUUUGUGGUGCUUAUUUAUCAAGAUUAGAUACUGAUAGAAGACUUGCUGACCACUUCUUAGGCAAAAUUCAUUUAGGUUAUGUUAAGAUGAGGAAAAAUUUGGAAAUAGUACGCAGCAGGAAUUUAUUUGAGCACAAAUAA